AUGAACCUUCAACCAGGACAGAAAGGAGAAACAAGAAUUAAAAAAAAACAACAACAAGGACAGUAUAAGUAGACUCUGGGACAUUUCCAAACAUGCCAACAUCUGAAUCACAGGGAUGUCAGAAGAGGAAGAGCAAGAAAUUGAAAACUGAGCUGCAGUCUGUUUGGAAAUACAGAGUGAGGCAUUUCUGGAAGCUACAUGGGGACUAACAAUGGACACCCAGAAGGAUGUCCAACCUCCAAAGCAGCAGCCAAUGAUAUGUAUCUGUGGAGACUGUCACACAGAAAAUGAAACAAAAUCCAGGGAUCCAAUCAGAUGUAGAGAAUGUGAAUACAGACUAAUGUACAAGAAAAGGACCAAGAGAUUGGUGGUUUUUUAUGCUCGAUGAAACAGGGAAUUCAGAGAAAUAUCUUUGUUUGCAUUUGGAUUUGUUAAUGUACAGGUUUUGAGUAGUAUACUUAUCUUUACUAUACUAUACUAUACUAUACCUAUCUAUACUGUAAGUAUACUUAUCCAGUAGUAUACUGGACUCAUGUACAACUAUAUACAUGUGAUUUCAUUUUAAAGCCCAUAUUGUGUUUAGGUAUCUGUUAAUAGUUUAUGUAAGGAAAUUAUUUUUAUAUAAAGAAAUUAUUUUUUGUUCCAUUGUUUUGUAACUUAAUUUUAUUGUUUAUGUCAUCUGAUACGAUGAAAGGUAAAAGCACUCCCCCAAACUUUGCAUCAAACCUUGGAAUCACUGAGGCCCUUGUUAAAAAUAAAGUUUUAUACUAUCAAAAAGAAAAGGAAAUUGAAAACUUAUUUGAAAAAAUAAUGGAAGAAUACUUCCCUCAUUUGGUGAAGGAAAUAGACAUACAAGUCCAGGAAGCACAGAGAGUCCCAAAAAAGCUGGAACCAAAGAGGACCGCACCACCACACGCCAUAAUUAAAACACCAAAGGUUAAGGAUAAAGAGAGAAUAUUAAAAGCAGAACAAGAAAAUCAGAGAGUUACCUGCAGAGGAGUUCCCAUAAGACUAUCAGCUGAUUUCUCAAAAGAAAACUUGCAGCAAGAAGGGACUGGCAAGAUAUAUAUGUAAAGUGAUGAAAAGCA